CGGCGACGCAGGGGCGGGGCGGGCGGCGGGAGGCAGCGGCGGCGGCGGCGGCUUCCAGCGACUUCGGCGCUCGGUCACCAACUUGUGUUUAAACUCCAAAUAAAGACACGUUUCUGCACCAGCUGGGACCGUCUCAACUCACCUUAAGGGGAGCAACUCUUCUUCAUCUGACUUCUCAACAUGCCCAGGCAGCCCACGUAUCCUCCAGAGCCGCCCUGUGCUGCUGCCAGCUCAAGCUCACCGCUGGGCCGUGUCCCCAAGGGUCACUUCAUUCCCCUCUGAGCAUCCCUGUGGCUCACAAAUGCUCCGACCCCUUCAAAAGGCAUCAGAGCAGCAGCAGAAAAGGCUUCAAGUGCACUGACGGCAUCACGCAGCAGAUCAGAGGGAUUUAAGACUGUGAGGACCUUGUGGGUGCCAAGGCCGUCCCUACGUCCCUGCUCAAGCAAUGCUGGCUUCUGCUUAGCCCUCGGUGGGCACCCAAGAAGGGAUGGGGCACCCCCCCACCUUCAGCAUCGCGUUACCCUCUUCAGUGCCGGCUUCCCUGGCAUGUGAGAGCCCAUAGCAAUGUGAUCGGGGCCCCACAGCUCGACAGCCCCCACCAGCACCCCAGCGGGCACCUCCAGCACCCUCAGCUGCCUGUCACUUCCCACCAUGAUGUGUGAGGUGAUGCCCACCAUCAGCGAGGGGGACCCUCUGGGCCCCCCGCAGGGCUCCGAGGCUGAUGCCGACUUCGAGCAGCUGAUGGUGAACAUGCUGGACGAGAGGGACAAGCUGCUGGACACCCUGCGGGAGACCCGUGAGACGCUCUCUGUCACUCAGAGCCGCUUGCAGGAGGCUCUGCGGGAGCGUGACCAGCUCCAGAGGCAGCUCAAUUCGGCCCUUCCUCAGGAGUUUGCGACGCUGACGCGGGAGCUCAGUGCAUGUCGGGAGCAGCUCCUGGAGAGGGAAGAGGAGAUCUCAGAGCUGAAAGCUGAGCGCAAUAACACCCGGCUCUUGCUGGAGCACCUGGAGUGCCUGGUGUCGAGGCAUGAGCGGUCCCUGAGGAUGACCGUGGUGAAGCGCCAGGCUCAGUCACCAUCUGGGGUUUCCAGUGAGGUCGAGGUGCUCAAGGCACUCAAGUCACUCUUUGAGCAUCACAAGGCACUGGAUGAAAAGGUCAGAGAGCGCUUGCGAGCAUCCUUAGAGCGAGUGGCAACCUUAGAGGAGCAGCUCGUGGAUGCCCAUCGGCAGGUGGCAGCUCUGCAGCAAGGUGCCACUCGGGAGGCCCCAGCAACUGAGAGGGAUGAGAGAGAGCCCAAGGAGCCAGCGCAGAAGCUUCCCUGGAAGAGGCUCUCCAAUGGCUCUGUCCACCCGGAUGACGAGGCAGGGAGAGUGGUGGAGCUACAGGAGCUCCUGGAGAAGCAGAAUUUCGAAGUGGUCCAGGCCAAGGAGCACAUCUCUGCAUUGGCUGCCAGUGUUGCUGAGCUGGAGGAGGAUCUGGGCACUGCCAGGAAGGAUCUGAUCAAAUCCGAAGAGAUGAGCAGCAAAUACCAGAGGGACCUCCGAGAGGCUCUGGCUCAGAAGGAGGACAUGGAGGAGAGGAUCACCACACUGGAGAAACGCUACCUGGCAGCCCAGCGAGAAGCCACCUCCAUCCAUGACCUCAACGACAAGCUGGAAAGCGAGCUGGCCAACAAGGAGUCCCUGCACCGCCAGUGCGAGGAGAAAGCCCGGCACCUGCAGGAGCUGCUGGAGCUGGCGGAACAGAAACUGCAGCAGACAAUGAGGAAAGCAGAGACGCUGCCUGAGGUGGAAGCAGAGCUGGCCCAGCGCAUCGCUGCACUCACCAAGGCAAAAGAGAGGCAUGGGAGCAUCGAGGAGCACCUGCGGCAGCUGGAGAGCCAGCUGGAGGAGAAGAACCAGGAGCUGGCCAGGGCUCGUCAAAGGGAGAAGAUGAACGAGGAGCACAACAAGCGGCUCUCAGACACUGUGGAUCGGCUGCUGAGCGAAUCCAACGAGCGGCUGCAGCUGCACCUCAAGGAGAGGAUGGCAGCCUUGGAGGAAAAGAACACAUUGUUACAAGAGCUGGAAAAUACCCAAAAGCAGAUAGAGGAACACCAGCACGACAAGAGGAGGUUGUCAGAUGAGAUCGACAAACUGCGGCUGGAGGUUGAUCAGCUCAAGACCAGAAGUGGGACGUUUGUGGAGAGCGUGCAUACAAGGUCCCACAUGGGCAGUGCCACAGACCUGCGCUUCCCUCUGGGUGCUGUGGUCCAUGCCCCUGCUGAGCCCUUUGGAGCAGCCCCAGCCCUUCCUCGGACCCAGAAGGGCCGAUUCGCCACCCGGAGAGAGGAGCCAGCAAAGGACUGGGAGCAGACCCAGGCAGGCAGCGUUUUGGCCACAGGGCCUCACGCCUUUGACAGCGAUCCUGAGAUCUCUGAUGUGGAUGAAGAUGACCGCGAGACGCUCUUCAGCUCCAUGGAUGUGCUCUCCCCUGGUGGGCACUCGGAUGCCCAGACCUUGGCCAUGAUGCUCCAGGAGCAGCUGGAUGCCAUCAACGAGGAGAUCAGGAUGAUCCAAGAGGAGAAGGAAUCCACCGAGCUCCGUGCAGAGGAGCUGGAGACCCGUGUGACCAGCGGCAGCAUGGAAGGCCUCAACCUCACCCAGCUCUGCAAAAGAGCCUCCAUCCCCACCUCGCUGACAGCCCUGUCCUUGGCCAGCUCAUCCCCACCUCUCAGCGGCCGCUCCACCCCUAAGCUGACAUCCCGCAGUGCUGCUCAGGACCUGGACCGCAUGGGGAUCAUGACGCUGCCCAGCGACUUGAGGAAGCACCGGAGGAAACUGCUAUCACCUGCAGCUCGGGAUGAAAGCCGAGAGGAUAAAACCACCAUCAAAUGCGAGACUUCUCCCCCAUCCUCCCCCAGGACGUUGCGGCUGGAAAAGCUGGGCCACCCUGCACUGAGUCAGGAGGAUGGGAAGAGCUCGCUGGACGAACAGGCCAGUAACCCCAGCAGCAACAGCAGCCAGGACUCCUUGCACAAGGGCUCCAAGAGGAAGGGGAUCAAAUCCUCCAUCGGGCGUUUGUUCGGGAAAAAAGAGAAGGGCCGCUUGAUUCAGCUGAGCAGAGAAGGAGCCACAGGGCAGGUGCUGCUGACCGACACAGAAGUGGGCAUUCAGGACCCUCUGGGACUCGGCAAGCUGGGUGCUCAGGCUGAAAAAGAUCGGCGCCUGCGGAAGAAGCAUGAACUUCUGGAAGAAGCUCGGAGGAAGGGAUUGCCUUUUGCUCACUGGGAUGGCCCCACUGUUGUGUCCUGGCUGGAGCUCUGGGUGGGGAUGCCAGCCUGGUACGUUGCUGCUUGCCGAGCCAACGUGAAGAGUGGAGCCAUCAUGUCAGCAUUGUCUGACACUGAGAUCCAGAGGGAGAUCGGCAUCAGCAAUGCGCUGCAUCGCCUGAAGCUGCGCCUGGCCAUCCAGGAGAUGGUUUCACUCACGAGCCCAUCAGCACCACCCACCUCACGGACGUCCUCUGGAAAUGUCUGGGUGACCCACGAGGAGAUGGAGAACAUGGCGACGUCUACCAAGACGGACACAGAGGAAGGCAGCUGGGCACAGACACUGGCCUAUGGGGACAUGAACCAUGAGUGGAUUGGGAAUGAGUGGCUGCCCAGCCUGGGCCUCCCACAGUAUCGCAGCUACUUCAUGGAGUGUCUUGUUGAUGCACGGAUGCUGGACCACCUCACCAAGAAAGACCUCAGAGUGCAUUUGAAGAUGGUGGACAGUUUCCACCGCACCAGCCUACAGUAUGGCAUUAUGUGCCUGAAGAGGCUCAACUACGACCGCAAAGAGCUUGAGAGGAGGCGAGAAGAGACUCAGCACGAAAUCAAAGAUGUGUUGGUGUGGACCAAUGACCAGGUCAUUCACUGGAUCCAGUCCAUCGGGCUCCGCGAGUACGCAAACAACCUUGUUGAGAGCGGGGUGCAUGGAGCACUCCUGGCCCUUGACGAAAACUUUGACCACAACAGUCUGGCUCUCGUGUUGCAAAUCCCCACGCAGAACACACAGGCUCGACAAGUGUUGGAAAGGGAGUUCAACAAUCUGCUUGCAUUGGGCACAGAUCGGAGGCUGGAUGAUGGUGAUGACAAAACCUUCCGUCGGACCCCGUCCUGGAGAAAGCGCUUCCGCCCGCGGGACGUUCACAGCAUCAACAUGCUCAGUGGCUCAGCUGAGACGCUGCCCGCCGGCUUCCGCGUCACCAGCCUGGUGCCACUGCCACCUCCAUCCGCCCCUGCCAAGAAAAUGCCCCCAGAAGUUGGUGCCUCUGGGUCACCACGGCUGGAGACCUCCACGGUCCGGACGUACUCGUGCUGAGGAUCAGUGUGAUGGGAGCCAGCCCGGCCCUGGCACAUCCCCACUAUCCAUCCGGCCAAGUGCCAGCUGCCUUUCAGGACAAGGCCAGAGCUCAGCCUGUGCCUGUUUCUCAGCCCGAACCAACAGAUGUCGCAGUGCUACUGCCAUGGACUGAAAAGGCUGCUCUCCCUUCUGCUUGUGCGCCCCACUGCUGUCCCUGGCUCCCUGUGCCUCCCGCCUGUGGCUGUUCUGCCCACCCCACCUCGCACCAGCCAGGCUCUGGAUGUGCUCACCAGGUGCCUGUUUCAUCCCUGGUGGAAGUGCAGCUCAUCAGAGAAGCGGAGAUGCCCCAGAAGUGGGCUGCAAUAUUUGGAAACCUUUCUCCUGCCUGGUUCAUGUUGCCAAUAUGCCAUAGACUGUCACACCAGCUCACCGGAGCCCCGGGCAUCACGAGGAGGGUUCAGGCUCAGCUCUGCGUGAAAAUCCUGACGUCGGGGGAGAUGGCCAAGGAGCUGCCCUGGGUGGGACAGCGGGGCUGAAGCCAGUGCCAGGAUGGACGCUGCACAGGGCAGAGUGGGAAGGGGCUGCUGUGGGUGCAAGCAGCAUUCUGGGGUGGUGGUUGGGGCAUUUUGGGCUGUGCUGUGCCCCAAAGUGGGGAAGGGUUGGACUGCCUCAGUCUGGCUUACUGCUGGCCUGGAUGCUGUCAGGCCUGACCUUGGGGAGCAGGGGAACACAGCAGGGGCACCCAGCACCCUGGGACGACCCGUCCCUUCCCUCCAGGUGCAGAGGAGAUGCUCUCCCCUCCUGCCUCCAGGCUACAGGCAGGGGUGAUCCAGGAGGCUCUCAGCCCUUCCCAUUUCUCCCCCGUAGGGUAGGAUCUCUUCAUCUCCUCAUGCCACGUUUGCCUUGUGUGGCCCCUAUUUCUGAUGUGAUAUUUAUUGAUGGCUGGAAUGACCUAUACUUAUCAUGUGCUGUCUGGAAGUGCAAUAUCUGAGAGGCUAUACAGUCACAAUGUCUUUUUGGUGUAUUAUUUGCCUAAUACAGUAUUAAAUAUUUUUUUAAUUUGAAGAGUCGGUGAACCCUUUCUACCAAUGCCCUACUUCUUUCGUCAUAUUAUUGGUACUGCAUGGACUCCAAACCCUGGAUCGGGUCAGGAAAGGAUGUAUGUGUGUUCCAAUAAACAGGAUU